ACGCGUGCACACGCUAUCUUGUACCCUCUGCUCACGGAUCAGGGCAACAACAAUAACCCACAAAGUGCGUGAGAACACACACUGAUGCAAACAAAUCGAAGUACGUGUAAACAGUGCUUCCAGCCGCACUGUAUAAACAUACAAUCCACUCUUGAUGCAUAACGGUUGUUACGGUUGUUUACGGUUGUUGUUAUGCGCGCAAGAUGGUGGUGGGAGAUGCCACAGAUCCAUGUUUUCCUCAGCUCACGUGUACCGGCUGCUCGGCUGCGCCCGUCAAGCUGUCGCUAAAGUGAAGAGAGCUUAUUAUGGGAGUUGCUCCUGCUGUCCUAUAUCAACAGCAGCCAGCAUUUCUCCAGUCAUCUCCAGCCAUGGCUCCAAGUAGGCGCUGUCAUCUCCACUGGCAGAGCACGAAACCCUGCGGAAGGUGUCGUUUUUAAGCCGUUCAGUGGGCUGAUUUGUUUCAGAAUGAAGAGAGGAAGAGCAGGUCUCAAAUCACAGUGCCAGACUUUCCCCUCCCUUGGGGAGCGGACUAAGAGGCAGAAGUGGAUGACCCCAACACAGGACUGGGGGAACCUGCCCCACCAUGUCGUCCUGCAGAUCUUCCAGCAUCUGUCCCUGGUUGACCGGGCCAGGGCCUCAUCUGUGUGCCGGUGCUGGAAUGACGUCUUUCACACCCCUGACCUGUGGAGGAGGUUUGAGUUUGAGCUCAAUCAGCCGGCCACGUCUUACUUACGCUCCACUCACCCUGACCUCAUUCAGCAGAUCAUCAAGAAGCAUGCCCAGCACCUCCAGUAUGUUAGCUUCAAAGUGGACAGCUGCACCGAAUCUGCAGAGGCGGCGUGUGACAUUCUCUCUCAGCUGGUGAACUGUACCAUCAAGACCCUGGGGCUGAUUUCUACAGCACGACCUAGCUUCAUGGAUGUAUCUCAAGCCCAUUUUGUGUCUGCGCUGACAGUGGUGUUCGUAAACUCCAAGUCCUUAUCAUCUAUCAAGAUUGAUGACACCCCAGUGGAUGAUCCAUCCCUGAAGGUGCUGGUUGCCAACAACAGUGACACCCUUAAGUUGCUGAAGAUGAGCAGCUGUCCUCAUGUCUCCCCAGCUGGUAUCUUGUGUGUGGCAGACCAGUGCCAUGGCCUCAGGGAACUGGCAUUGAACUACCAUCUCCUAAGUGAUGAUCUCCUUCUUGCCCUGUCAUCUGAAAAACAUGUCCACUUGGAACACCUGCGCAUUGAUGUGGUGAGUGAAAACCCCGGCCAGACACAAUUUCACACCAUCAAGAGGAGCAGCUGGGAAGCUUUGGUCCGACACUCACCGAAGGUCAACAUAGUGAUGUAUUUUUUCCUGUAUGAGGAGGAGUUUGAGCCCUUUUUCUGUGAGGAGACGCCCGUCACCCACCUGUACUUUGGCCGAGCAGUUAGUAAAAUGAUGCUAGGCCGCAUUGGACUGAACUGCCCUCGGCUGGUGGAGCUGGUUGUGUGUGCCAAUGGCCUUGAGCCCCUGGAUGAGGAGCUAAUCCGUAUCGCAGAGCGCUGCAAGAGCUUGACAGCGAUCGGACUAGGCGAGUGCGAGGUGACCUGCAGUGGCUUUGUGGAGUUUGUGAAGAUGUGCGGGGGCAGGCUGACUCAGCUGUCAAUCAUGGAGGAGGUGCUUAUCCCAGACAGCAGCUAUAACAUGGAGCAGAUCCACAGUGAGGUGUCAAAGCACCUCGGGCGCAUUUGGUUUCCUGAUAUGAUGCCCACCUGGUAGGCUGACAUGAAGCCAGAGUGGAGCGCUGUCAAAAACGGGCAUGAAAUGAUGAUCACAGCUUCAAUUAGCAGUAGACAUAAACUUUAGAAAGGGAAAAACAAAACAAAAGGCCAUCCUCUCUUCAUUUUUUUCAACCAGAGACACCCUGAACUAAAAUCUGUGGGAGAAUUCUGUAGCAAAAGCAAAAACUGUUAAAACUGUACUUUUGAGCAAAGUCAGUAAACCUUUUUAAAGUAGUUUUCUUCAGAUUAGCUGGUAACCACUGAAAGUUUGUUUAUACAGUGUUUAAAAACUGUUCAAAUAAAUGCCCAAAUGUGCUCCAAGAUGGCUGCUGAGUGGGAAGACCUACUUCCAAAGGACUUUGGGCCAGAGAAACACAGGUAUUUGCAUCUGGCUUCCUGUAAGAUCGGAGCCCAAGUGAAAAUCCAGUGCCAGAGCACCACCAUCACCAUAUUUUUAGUCUGAUGUGGACUGUAUCCCUCUUUAUGUGACUUUGUACUAAUCAUCUGAUCAUCUGGCUCUAAAGCCUGAGAGGAGGUCUGGUUCCCUCUGAGAUCACUGGCCAAAAACCUGCUGCCCACCCCAGCUUUGAGUGAUGAUUUGGACAAUAAGUGCUCUUGGCAAGCUCACUGGAAGAUGGCUAAUUUCUGCAGCUGCCAUGUACCUUCAGUGAAUUUUAUGUAAGAAUAUUAUUGUUCUCUGAAAAUAGUUCAUACAUAAAAAUGACUGAUUGCUUUCUUUCUGUCACUCAACUUCUCUUUAUAUUGAAAUGAAAUAUUUUGGGUGUAGUCGGUUCUUUCAGUGUGUGAAUAAUGGUCUAAAUUUUCAUUGUGUGAAAAGAGUGUGAGUCUGCCAUCUGCUGGUUAUUUAUGAAAAAAGCCAUAAUCCACCAUGACUUGUUUACCUUUAUUUCUUUACUUCUUCUUAAAUUCUAAAAAUAUUGAAUUUACUCUCAUUUAAGCUACAGAUUUUUCUGGAAUGCACCGCACCUGCGUGCAUCCAGUUGAAGGAACUAACCAUAGAGAUACCAGUUCACUAAAGAAAGAACAAGAGUUUCCAGUUGAGCAAGAGUCACACCUGCAUGAAAAACAAUGGCUCUUUUGUUUGUUGGUUUGUUGUACAUUACAGCCUUUUUAUUUAGUUUGCAUUUGUUGAAAAUCAAGUAAUGGCAGUUACUCGGUACUGUUGGCUCAAGGCUUUAAAUAGAGUUUAAUGUGCUGAACUCAGCUUUAACAGAUUCAACAGUUCUGUCUUUUUUUUACUUGUGAAAUUGUUAAUGGGCUAAAAAUUGAUGGAAGUCUGUUGUUUCUGUAUUGGAGAUAUCUUAGAGUGAUUUUUGUCACUAAUGAUAAGGUAAACCUAAAUAUAUUUAUCUGAUGACACAAUAACAAACAGUAACACCAGUAUUUUUUAAUUAACUUAAAAAAAUACACAUAGUUUUCUGUUUUUCUGUGAGUACUAAAUGGAUGUCAUUACUCACUUUAACGGUGAAGCAUUUGUACCAGAAAUGACCAUGAUAGCUUUGUGCAAAUGGUACAAAUUAAACAUUACAGGUCCUUGAUGUGCAAUGCCACGCUGUACCACAUACAGCCAUAAAGAUUUGUUUUGUAUUUGUUAACUUUGCAUGGAUGUAGUUGUAGCUGGGUUGGUGUGACAGAGGAGGAUGCUAGGGGACAGGGUGAGAUGAGGGUAGAUGAUCCGCUGUAGCGACCACUAAAGGGAGCAGCCAGAAGAAGAAGCACAAUAUAAAUUCAUAUCACUUAAUAUUAGUGGUUUUGUACAGCACUGAUGUCUGCUUCAUUGAAAUUGCUUUUUAUUUUACACAU